CGACAAAUACAGUGCCAUGGGCAUGUAUUAAUAACUGCUCCCCUCUCCUUCCUUCUUCCGGCCAUUCAUUUGCUCCUUCUUCUUCGUUUCGCGCGUGUGCUCCACGCUCUUUCAUUUCUCUCUCUGUAAAACCCUCUCACUGGGGUUUAGGGUUUUAGGCGAAGCAAUCAAUUUGGUUUCUUUGGGUUUUCCUUUCGCUAAUUUGGCAGCCUAAUAUGCAAUUUGGGAUUCUUCGCCAUAAUUGAAACGAUGGGUGAGAACCCUAAGGAGGAGAAGAAGGGUUUCAUCACCGAAGAAGACACCGCCACUCUCUUACAGAGGUACACAGCGACGACGAUACUGGCAUUGCUGCAGGAAGUGGCCCACUUGUUGCAGUCGGAGAAGAUCGACUGGGAUAAGUUGGUGGCCAAUACUACAACUGGGAUUACAAAUGCUAGAGAGUAUCAGAUGCUUUGGCGGCAUUUGGCUUAUAGGGAACCUUUGCCUGACAAAUUCGAUGAUGGAGCUCGGCCUCAGGAUGUAGAUAGUGAUUACGAAUAUGAAGUGGAAGUUGCUCCUCCUGUUAGCGGUGAAGCUUCAACAGAGGCUGCAGCAUGUGUGAAGGUCCUUAUGGCUUCUGGUCUACCAAGUGAUUCUAGUCAUCUGAAUGGCACAACGGUGGAGGCUCCAUUGACAAUAAAUAUACCUAAUGGCCAGUCAUCUAAAACAUAUGAACCAUCUGCUUCAGCAAAAGGCAUGAACAUUACAGUUCCAGUUUCUAUUCAGAAACAGACCCUCCCUGCAACGACAACUACUGCAGCAGCAAAAGCUGAAGGAGAUGAUGCAAAUAGAUCAACUAGCAAUAUCAUGGCUCCUCGGAAGAAGAGAAAGAAGUGGACAGAGGAGGAGGAUUUGGAACUGGUCUCUGCUGUGAACAUAUAUGGUGAAGGAAAUUGGACUCAAAUCGUAAAAGCAAACUUCAAAGGGGACAGAACUGCUAAUCAGCUAUCUCAGAGAUGGGGUAUUGUUAAGAAGCGGCAAAAAAAGUUGGGUCCGGGAGAAGGAGGCACACCGUGCAUUAAAAAAGAGGCAUUGCUGGCAGCUCACCAGGCAAUAACCCAUUUUUUAGAUAAUGGGCCGAAUAGAGCAUCUAUUACAGUGGGCACUGUGGGAACAAAUGCAAACGGCACAUCUGCUGAAACAAAUGCGAACAGUAGGUCUGGUGUAACAAAUGGAAUACGCAACUCUGGGCUGCAUACUACUACUGCUGAAGGCCUUAAUGCAAAAAAACCAAAUCGGAUAGGAUCAUUCGGUUCGACUCCAAAAGGUCGAGUUACCUCCAAGAAAACCUUGCCAAAGUCUAAUAUGAAUCCAGAUAUCAUAAGAGCAACUGCAGUUGCUGCUGGGGCACGCAUUGUCACUCAGUCAGAUGCUGAACUGCUUAAGGCUGCUGCUCAAGCAAAGAACACUAUCCAUAUCAUGCCUCAAACAGGGGGUUCUAUCAAGUCAUUGACACCUGGUGGCUUGUCCAUUAAAUCAGAGCCUCAUCCUACUGUGCAUCAUAUUCGUACUGGCCCGGCUGCGACACUACCUUCCACCCAUCCACCCACUAGACACCCUGGGUCCUUAAAAGUUGUAUCCCAGACGAGUCAACAAGCUUUGAAGAUUGACACAUCAAGAAAGAUCACUGGGGUUAACAGUAGCCCUGGUACUGAAGUCUUACCAAAGCAGGUCCAAAAUGAAGUACUCCCUGGCAGUGGACAGGUUCAAGAAGGUAAGGUAGAGUCACCAAAGCAGAAAGCUGAGUCAGAAAGUUUAUUAACCAAUGCUCAGAAUCUUGCUGGUUCAUUACACACUAAGAAAGAUGGGAGUAAUGAUAAAGCAGUAACAGGUGAAGAGAGACGGGGUAGUAUAGGAGGAGGUGAUGAUCCAUCAGCAGUAAAUGGUGAAGACCAAAACACAACACUGAAACGGACAACAGAUGUUUCUGACCAUGAUCUUAAGCAAGGAGGAGGCAGCCAUUAAGGAGUAGCUAGAGAUGGUGGUUAGAGUAUCUUGUGAAAAUUGUGUACAUUUAGAUGUUUUUAGAAUCUCUUGGAAAUGAAACAUUGGAUGGAUAAUCUUUUUGAAUGAUGUAAAGUCCUGCCUAUUUCAGAUGGCAAUGGUAUGGUGCAUUCUAUAGUCAAAGUUCAGUUCCAGUGAUGUCUGGGAUUUCUUUUUU